UCUCCGUUCACAUCUUGAUCUCCUACUAAAGCACCAACCACCACCCUCAAAAAUAUAGCCCGGACCGCAACCCUCCGGAUCACUCACACACACACGCGCAUACAUACAUAUCUACACAUACGCCCAUAGCCCAUAGCCCAUACAAACCCGCAUCCCAUCCACCAACCAUGUCCGGAAAAGACGACCUCCCGCCAGCCUACGGCGAGCGGCCCCCGCAAGCCCCGCAAGCCGCGUACCAAGGCUACCCGCCCCAGCAGCCGCCUCCGCAGCAGGGCUACGGACCGCCGCCGAACAUGGGGUACUACCAGCAAGGGCCGCCUCCGCCGGGAGGCCAGUACCCGGGGGGCUACUACGGGCCGCCGCCGCCGCAGGGGGGUUACUACCAGCAGCAGCAGCCGUACCCGCAGGGCCAGUACCAGCAGCACCCGCAACAGCAGUCCUCGGGGGCCGACGGCUGUCUGGGCGCGUUGCUUGGCGCGCUGGCGUGCUGCUGCUGUCUAGAUUGUCUGUUUUAAGGGAGAGGGGGGUUUCUGAGGUAACGGUGUUUCGAUACCCUGAAUAGGUGGAUGGUGGUGAAGGGAUAGGAUAAUGUGUACUGCCUACGAGAAAGAGCAGAGGACACGCGAUUGAUUUGAAGCUCAGGAGAAAGAAAGAAAGAGAAGAAAGAGAAGAAAAAGAAGUAAUGUCUUUGUCUCGCGACUACUACACCACGAGCUCGAGAGGCGGGCGACUCGACGAGUCGCAUUUUCG